AUGUUAAAAUUUAAACAAAUAAAUGAAGCAUAUCAAGUAUUGGGAGACAUUGAUAAAAGGAAAAUGUAUAAUAAAUUUGGAUAUGAUGGAAUAAAGGGAGUUAACUUCAUUCACCCAACCAUAUAUUAUAUGUUAUCUAGCUUAGAAAAAUUUGCUUAUUAUACAGGAUCACCUAAUAUUGUAACCCUUCUGAAAUUCUUUCUUGAAAAGAAAUUAACAAUAGAUGACAUAGAUACAAAAUCUGAAUUUUUAUCAAAAAUAAUGGAAGAAUAUCAAAAAGAGAGAGAAAGUUUCAUAUCUGAAAAUUUAAUAUCUAGAUUGCAACCAUAUAUAGAUAGUAUUAGAAAUUGGGAUGUACAAAUUAAGGAUCAAAUAUAUGGAUUAAUGGGUUCUCCAUUUGAUAUAGCAAUUAUUGAUUCUAUAGGAUGGACAUUACAAUAUGUUUCUACGAGUCAUAUGAGAAACCCUAAAAGAUCAAUUAAGAAACUUGAAACAAGAACAAAAAAAAAUAACGAAACCAUAGUAUAUGAAAGUCAUAAACUAAUCCAUACAUUGAGAGAAUAUUUCGGAAGUAAUGAACAAAUUAAUUCAAUAAUAUAUAAUUUGGAAUAUAAUACAUUAAAUGAUAAUAAUGAGAAUGGAUACCAAAAUAUUAUGAACUUAAACCAUAAAAAACAGAAAAAAUUAUUAGAAGCAAUUAUUAAUUAUAUAGUAAAUAUAUCUUUAUCCGAUAUAGAGAAUACAGUUAAAAAUGCAGCUGAAAGUAUAUUAACAGUUGAAGGGUUAAAUGAAAGAGCUUUAUCAAAGAGAAUUGAAUCUUUAAGAAUGUUGGCAAAUGUUAUAAGAAAAUAUAUAUUAAAAGGUAAGAAAGGUAAAAAAUAUAUAAAGAGGGAUGCGAAAAGCCUAUCAGGAAAAAUUGCAUAUGAAAUAAAAUUAAUAAAGAUAAUACAUAAAUUGCUUCAGAUAGAAGAAAAUGUGGAAGAAAAUGUAGAAGAAAAUGUAGAAGAAAAUGUAGAAGAAAAUGUAGAAGAAAAUGUAGAAGAAAAUGUAGAAGAAAAUGUAGAAGAAAAUAUAGAAGAAAAUAUAGAAGAAAAUGUGGAAGAGAAUGUAGAAGAAUCUGUAGAAGAAACUGUAGAAGAAUCUGUAGAUGAAAAUGUUGAAGAAACUGUAGAAGAAUCUGUAGAAGAAAAUGUUGAAGAAACUGUAGAAGAAAAUUUAGAAAACAUUCAAGAAGAUAUUGACGAAAAUACAAAUGAAAACGUGGAAGACAAUGUUGAAGAAAUAGAUGAUGAAAUACCUUCAGAACACAAUGAAGAAUAUGAUGAAUAA